AUGCUAACUUUAAGCCGUAAUAUAUUACUACUUUGGAUAUAUCCAAAAAAUGAAACUUAUCCACUAGUGUGUGGGGAUCGUGCUAUCGGUUAUAAUUUUUCAGUAAUUACGUGCGAAUCGUGUAAGGCCUUUUUCCGACGAAAUGCGAGUAAACAGGAGUUCGUUUGUCAAUUCGCUAAUAACUGCUCAAUUAAUGCGAUUUCUCGUCGUUUUUGCCAAUUUUGUCGCCUCAAGAAAUGUUUCCAAGUCGGCAUGAAGAAAGAAUGGGUUCAUAAAGAAAAAAAUCGGUGCGCUAAAAAACGAAAACUCAACUUGAUGAUACUUGAGAAAGUCGAAGAUGUGGAUAAAGUACUGAGCGAAAUGGGCGAUGGCGAUAUUGUAUUACCCAAACAUGUUUUAGCAGACCUCGUUCAAAAGUCGCAUGUUACUAGAAACAUGAAAUAUUGCCGAUGCAAAUGUUCAUGUGGUUUUUAUCCUCCCGAUACACAACUUACUGCUUUAUAUUCCAAAAUGUUUUCCGAAGAAAACAUAUCUAAUUUAGACAUAGGAAAUGAACGGAAUGAUUCAAUAAACAAUGCGAUGCAGCAGAUUAGGUUUUAUGUACUUUUAUACUUAGACCAAAAUACUGUUUUUGAUAAUACAAAAUCAAAAUUUGCUGAAAUGGUUUUACUGAAUCAAAAUUUGUCCAAGAAAUGGUUUUUGAAAUUUUAUAAUAUUCACAUCGGUUUAAUGAUAAGAUUUCAAUCUGGAGCGACUAAUAUCGACAGAUCGCUAUUAUCGGAAAAUCUUAGUAAUAGCACCGAAGCAUGGAAAGUUGCUAAUAAACCACCCGUUAUACAAUCAAAUCUCUCGAAUCCUUGCUAUUCAUCAUGGCCUUGCUCAGAUUCGUCGAUUAACAGUGGAAUAUCUUCCAACUUUCUUACAGAAUGGCCAACAAAUAACCAUGGAAUUGCACUGGAUACGACACAUUUACAAACAAUCUUCAUCGAAGAUGAAUUGAUUGUUGGUAAAGCAAUCCAGGAACUAAUAGCAGCCAAUAACAUAUUGAAACAACCAUUAGAUUUGACAGUAAAGCAAAAAGCAGAGGAUGAUUUCAAUCUAAUGGAUAUUGUGCGUAUGACCGAUUUGGCAUUAAGAAGAAUCAUUUUCAUGGCUAAGGAAUUAUCACUGUUUCGAAAACUCAGAAACGACGACCAAAUCGCUCUGAUAAAAGGUUCUUGUAGCGAAUUACUGAUUUUACGAGGCGUUAUGGUAUUUGAUCUGAGAAAACAUGCAUGGAAUCCUCACGCGAAAUUAAAUUGGAUAUUUCUUAUCACAUUUGACGAGAAGUGGCGAAGAAAUGAGAAUGUUAUGUUGUUGUUGAAUGCGAUAACGUUGUUUUGCCCAGACCGUAAGAAUCUAAAUGAAGCUAAUCAAAUCGCCGAUAAACAACAACAGUAUAGAACUCUUUUUAGGAAGUAUCUUGCACUUUUGUGCCCAUCUUUUGAAGCAGAACAAGCUUAUAAUGGCCUAUUGCAAAAACUCGUCGAGUUGCAUCACUUAAAUGAGAGUUUUCUUCGAGUUUAUCAUAAGCUAAAUAUCAAUGAAGUUGAUCCAUUGCUCUCUGAAUUAUUUGAUUUGAGCAAAAAAGGCUGA